AUGGAGCGCGUAAAGCUUGGACCGAGCAAGUUGUGGACCGGGUUGGUGUUGCAUCAUAAAGAUAUUUUUGUCUCGCAUGUGAUUUCGAAACUGAAUGAAACGGAUCGGUGGUUCUUUGCAGAGGCGAAUAGAGAGAGUCGGGGUGUGCUUGCGUACGCCGGGGUAAAUGUAUCGGGAUUACAUGUUAUUGUUUACGAUUGUUCAUCCAUCUCGACGUUGGAAUGGAAGUGGAAUCACAUAGCUUGGGGAGAGGAAGAUAACGAAGGAAACGUGAUAGAUCAAGCCUGGUUUUGCGCAGGAGUUGCUGCAACGAACAAACUCGAGUUUCUCAAGUGGGCGAGAGAAGUGAAACAGUGCGAGUGGGAUGAAGAGACGAUUGCUGUGGCAGCACGUAAAGCCAAUCUCGAGAUGUUAAAGUACUGCUUCUCGAAUGGUUGCCCUUGUGAUAAAAAAGAGUCGUGCAUUCAAGCUGCGAUUGGAGGACACCUCGACUGUCUUCGAUUUCUUUUCGACAAAGUGAAACCUUCGCGAGAUACGGAAAAAGAUUCGGCAAUACACGCAACAAUCGGUGGUCACAUGGAGAUCUUGAAAUAUUUCGUCGAAGAAAGAAAGAUACCCGAGGUAGUAAAGGUCAGCUGCGUGACAAAUGCUGCAAUGUACGGCCGCCUCGAUUGCCUCAACUACUUAGUCGACGAGGCGAAAACGCCUCUUAACGAGUGGGUACACAUCGCGUACGCUCGGUAUUACGAGCACCCCGAGUGCGAAAACUACUUGCUCGCAAAAGGGUCUCCGGAACCAACGGACGAAGAAUACGCGAGAUAUGUCGCGAGGAAGUUCGAAGAAGAAGAACAACAACAGUAG